AUGGGCCUUCGAGCGAAGACCAUCCUUGGAAAAACGAGCUUCCUGAAUAGAAAGUGCCAAAUACUUCAACCAAGUUUACGUGUGCCCACUCUUGAAAGACUGUGUGCAAAUAAUCUUGAAGCAAAAACUGUGGUCACCACACCAACUGGUGCCUACUUGGAACCACCAAAGAAAGUUCAAUUUGGAAUGGUGGGUGUUACCUUCACUGUGAUAAUAGGACUGGCCAUUGGUGCCUUUAUUAGCAAGUCUCUUGCCAGUUUCCUCGAGGAGAAUGAACUCUUUGUUCCUUCUGACGAUGAUGAUGAUUGA